CGCUCGCCAAUUUGCCGGGGCAGUCCUUUUUUGUACGUCCGGGUGCGGCUGCAUGUUUGUGAAAAUCAAAACCUUUACUAAAAUUUGACUUUACGCAUUUUGAUCUUAACAGAAUAAGGAUAUCUUCAGUGGAGCAGCUCUCAGAAAGAUCCGUCACUGAAGCAGCAUAUCAAGUAAUCACCAUUAACCAUCGACCAUGAAUGGCCAAUCAGGUCCUCAGCCUGAUGCCACCGAUAGUGGCCAAGACAAGAAGAAAAAGAGACAACGCCUGAAGAAGUUGCAGGCCGACAUCAAACAGCAAGUUGAGUUCUACUUCAGUGACGCCAACCUGCGUAAAGAUCGCUUCCUCAGACAGGAAAUCGACAAGUCUGAAGACAGAUAUGUUGACAUUGCCACCGUCGCAAACUUCAAUCGGAUGCAAAAUCUGACUCAGGACCAGGCACUCAUUGCUAGAGCACUUGGGAAAUCUGAAGCGCUAGUGGUUAGCGAAGAUAAAACCAGGAUACGUCGAACAAAUCCGAUUGAGGAACCCAAAUAUAACAUCGAUGAUGUCACCGUCUAUGUGGAAAAUCUUCCCCACAAUGUGGACCACGAUAUGCUCAGUAAAGCAUUCAGUGCCUGUGGUACCGUUGCAUACAUCAGUCUGCCCAGGUAUAAGGGGACUGGUGAUCCAAAGAAGUUUGCAUUCAUUGAGUUCUCGACUCCUGAAGGGGCAGCAAAAGCCUGCAAGCUCUUAAACAACCCCCCAAGGGAUAAGCCCGAUCCUGAUGGCCACUUCCCAACGACUCGGAAAGGGCGUCUGAUUCUACCAGAACAGGCAGCAGUCUCUAAGCAGCAAGGUAAUGGCAAGAAGUCUGAGAAGCAAGUUAAGCAGAAGGCAACCAAGAGAAAGAGGGAGGCAAGCAAGACUGAAGAGACGUCACAGGAUGCAGAGAGGGAACAGAUAAAUAAGAAGAAGGGCAGAGUUAAGGAUGACAAGGAGGCAUCUGCAUCAAAGAGAAAACGAGAUGUGAGUGAAGGAACAGAGGAAGAUGCUCAUGACAGAACACAGCUUGAGAAGAAGACUAAGAGGAAGUCUGAAGCAUCUCAGGAUAUGGUUACAAAGAAGCACGACCAGUUGCAGCUAAGAGACGAGGACAAGAACAAGGACAAAAAGGACUCCAGGAAAAGAAAACACUCUGGUGGCGACAGUGCCCAUGAGAGAUCAUCACACGGCAGUAAAAACCAUGAGGCCAGGUCACAUAAAGGUGAAAGGUCAGACCCAGGUUCCAAAGGUGACAGAUCAGAUCAUAGUGUCAAAGAUGAAAAGUCAGCCAAGGAUUCCUCCACGACCAAGAAGGCCUAUGGGUCAGAGACUCACAAGAGGAAACGGGAGAAUUCCAAUGGCAGUGUGGACAGUUUAAAGGUCAAGAGUUCAUUGCCAGGUCAUCACAGGGAUAACAAAGAUUAUGUGGAGGAUGGACAAGAUGCCAAGAGGAGGAGGACAGAGUCAGAGAUGAUGGAGGAGGAAGGCAACAAGAAGAGGAAGAAAAGAAGUCGAAGUCGGAGAAAUAAGAAAGAGGACGGAAAUGCUGCACCCAUGAUGCAACUCAGUGUCAUUCCGAAGAAGAAAUGGUUGGUGAUGAAGGAGGAAUAUCUUGCCCUGCAGAAGGCUAGCAGGCAACAGAUGAAGCAGACACUAAGGAAAGAAUGGGCCAAGGGCACACCAAGACAAGAGCUCCAACAGUGUGAACAGAAGGCAUCAAUUCAGGCACCUCCUGAAGUGAAAUCAACUGAGCCCGGGUUCCACGCCGGCGUAGUGCUGAAAAUCAGGAGUGAGAAGCCAUUUGAAUCUCGCAAGGAGCUCCGAGAGCAAUUGGAACAAAUUUCGCCUGUCGCCUACAUUGAGCUAAAUAGUGGGGAUACUGACGGCUUUGUACGGCUUCAGUCUGCAGAGGGGGCACAGGCAGUACUUGGAAAAGCCAGCAAACUUUCCAAUGACGGCGGCCCGGUGCAGUUGAACCUGUUGUCAGGACAAGACGAGCAGAAUUACUGGGAGAAAUUGAGGGCAGAUCGAAUAGCCAAGCUGACCACUAAGAAAAGGAAACCAAAGAAACGUGGCGUUGAGAGGAUCAAAGACAAGGCCAAAAGGGAUCACAUCAUGUUCGGUGGCGAUGAAUGAACGGACACAUGAUCUUUGGUAAAUGGUGUCAUGCCGCAAAAGUACUGGUAGUGUGAUGACUACAAACAUUAAAAAGAUGCCAACGUUCUCUUUGAAUUUGUUUGCCUUUUCUGCCGUUUGUUACGUUCUUCAAAGAGUGGGUUUUUUAGUGUGCAUCUUUGUAUGUUUUGUAUUAGAUAAAGCCAACCUCAAACCAAACCAGUUAAUUAAACAACCAUGUUCUGAUCAUGAAAUAAAAGUCUCCUAAUUUUAAGUACAAUUUUUCAUUUUAACAAUUUUCAAGUCAUCAUGGUCACUGGCAAGGUUUCUUACCCAGUUUCCAGACAUCAACUUUGUUCAUGUUUUUUUUUUGCCCUUAACCUUUUUUUUGUGUGUACUUCCUAAUGUUUACAUGAUAGUACAAGGACCAUAUAAGUUCAAACAAAGUCAGAUUACAAGUUUUAAAAGACGAACCAAAAAUUCAGCUGUGCAAACUAGUUUGAUCAUAUGCCUACUAAACAAUUCAUACCAAUAAUUGCUUUUCUACCGUACUCAUCGUCGGGUGCACCACAAAAGUAACAGAUGGUGAAUCCUUGCUGUCUGUAUCCUGGAAGUUUGCAUCUUCGCUGGGAGAAGGGAGUCAGCAGGCACCAGAUUUAGCCUCUUGAACCCCAGAGAAUUUGAAUUACAUGUAGUGGCAUGUUACAACUGCGUCUGGGGUUAUGGUUGUAUUUCUCCUUCCAGCAAAAGGAUGGACAGUCAGUAAGCUUGUUCUGUGAGUCUUAAUAUGCCAAAUCUUCCUUGCCUCAGGGAAUUUCAAAUCAGUGGUGUAUUUCACAUAUGUCUGCGUUAUUUGCUGUGUUCUCUCCUUUCAACAACAGGAUGGGCAGUCCGUAAUCUUGUGCUCUGAUCCUUCAUAUGCCACUCCUUCCAUGUGAAUUGGACCACUACCUUGUCCAAAGUAGGCACCAGAUUUGGCCUCAUUGAACCAUUGUCUGCGAAUGUGGCUGUAUUUUCUCUUCCCAACAACAGGAUGGGCAGUCCGUAAUCUUUUUCUCUGAUCCUUCAUAUGCCGAACCUUCCAUGUGAAUUGGACCACUACCUUGUCCAAAGUAGGCACCAGAUUUGGCCUCAUUAAACCAUUGUCUGUAUUUUCUCUUCCCAUCAAAAGGAUUGACAGUCUGCAACCUUCCUCUCUUCGUCUUGACAUGCCAAGCAUUGUCCUACGUUGGCACAGACCUGCCGGCUUUGGCACCAGGCAAUUUAUUUUGGUGGCAUAUAACACUUGCGUCUGUGAUUGUGACUGCAUUUUCUCUUCCCAGCUAAAAGGCAAGACAGUAACCUCUCUCUCCACGUCUUCAUAUGCCGAACCUUCCUUGCGAACGGAACCAUUUCCUUGUCCUAAGUAGGCACCGGACCUGCCAUCCAGGGCACCAGAUAAUUAUUCUGUUGGCAUGUAUUACCUGCAUUUGUGAUGAAUGGAGUGUUGUAAAGUGAUGUUCAUAGCAUUGUUUCCUUUCAACAAAGGAUGGACAUUCUUUUAUCUUACUCUCCGUGCCAUCGCAUGCCCAACCUUCCACAUUCAAAGUAGGCACCAGACCAGCCCUCUUAAGCCCAAGGGAGGUGGCAUAUUACAUUAUCUGUGAAAGUUGCUGUUUUUUCUCUUCCAUCAUAUAUAUUGACAAUCUGCAACCUAUCUCUCCUCGUUUUCAUAUGACAAGCCAACGGGACCACUUCCAUGUCCAAAGUAGGCUCCGAACCUGCCGUCUUGGGCACCAGAUAAUUUUCUUGGUGGCAUACAGCUGACGUCUGUGAUGGUUGGAGUAUUGUAAAGUGACGUUCGUGUAAAGUGAUGUUCACUGCAUCGUUUCCUUGCAACAAAAGGAUGGACAUUCGUUGAUCUUACUCUCCGUGCCAUCGCAUGCCUAACCUUCCAUGUUCAAAGUAGGCACCGGACUUGCCGUCUUGAACCCCAGGGGACUAAAAGUUGGUGGCAUUUUACACCUGUGUCUGUGAUGUUCUCUGUAUCCUCCCCUUCCCUCAGGAUGGAGAGUCAGUAACCUUGUUCUCUAAGCCUUCAUAUGUUAAGCCUUUUAUGUGAAUGGGCCACUCCCUUGUCCAGAUUAGGCCCCCCUUGCUCUUGAGACCCAGAGAAUUUCAUAUCAGUGGCAUGUUACAGUUGCAUCUGUGAUAUUUGGAAUAUUGUGUCCUCUUAACAAAAUGACAAACAGUCACAAAUCUUUUUCUCUAAUCCUUCAUAUGCCAAUCCUUCCAUGUGAACUGGACCACGUUCUUGUCCAAAAGACUGCCGUCUUUUCCUCUGGAAAGAGAAUCUUGUAUCAGUGGCAUAUACAUUGUAUAACACUUGCCUUUGUGAUGUUUUUAGAAUUGUUUCCUCCAAUCAGAACAAAGGACAGUCCGUAACCUUUCUGAGUGAGCCUUCAUGUGCCAAACCUUUCAUGUGCAUGGGAGCACUUCCUUGUCCCAAUUGAUAUUUGACGUAGGGAGGAUAUAUUCUGAAAUCUAUCUUGCUGAGCCGUCAAAUGCCAAACCUUGCAUGUGAAUGGGAUCACGUCUUUGUCCAAAGUAGGUAUCGGACUUGGCCUCUUGUGCUCCAGAGAAUUAAAAUAAGUGGGGUAUUACACCAGUGUCUAUGAUUGUGGCUAUAUUGGUUCUCCCCAGCAGAAGGAAAGGCAGUAAGUAACCUUUUAAGUGCAAGUAUUACACUUGCGUCUGUGAUUGUGGCUGUACUUUCUCCUCCCAACAAUAGGAUGGACAGUCGGUUAUCUUUCUCUGUGAGUGUUCAUAUGACAAACAUUCAUUGUGAAUUGGACCACUUGUCCAAAAUUGUCACCGGACCUGCCCUCUUGGUCCUCAAGUAGGUGGCAUGUUACACCUGUGUCUGUGAUUGUGGCUGUACUUUCUCCUCCCAGCAAUAGGAUGGACAGUCCGUUAUCUUUCUCUGUGAGUGCUCAUAUGCUAAACCCUUUGGUGAAUUGGAAUUCUUGGGCCUCCGAAAACGCAAGUAAGUGGCAUGUUACUCCUGUGUCUGUGGUUGUGGCUGCAUUUUCUCUUCCCAACAGUAGGAUGGACAGUCCGUUAUCUUUCUCUGUGAGUGCUCAUAUGCCAAACCUUCCAUGUGAAUUGGACCACUUCCUUGUCCAAAGAAGUCACCAGACCUGCCCUCUUGGGCCUCCGAAAACGCAAGUAGGUGGCAUGUCACACCUGUGUCUGUGGUUGUGGCUGCAUUUUCUCCUCCCAGCAAUAGGAUGGACAGUCGGUUAUCUUUCACUGUGAGCUUUCAUAUGCCAAACCUUCCAUGUGAAUUGGCCCGCUUCCUUGUCCAAAGAAGUCACCAGACCUGCCCUCUUGGUCCUCAGAGAACUCUAGGUGGCAUGUUACUCCUGUGUCUGUGGUUGUGGCUGCAUUUUCUCCUCCCAGCAAUAGGAUGGACAGUCCGUUAUCUUUCUCUGUGAGCGUUCAUAUUCCACACCUUCCAUGUGAAUUGGACCGCUUCCUUGUCAAAAGAAGUCACCAGACCUGCCCUCUUAAUUGGGCCUCCGAGAAAUCAAGUAGGUGGCGCACCUGCGUCUGUGAUUGUGGCUGUACUUUCUCCUCCCAACAGUAGGAUGGACAGUCGGUUAUCUUUCACUGUGAGUGUUCAUAUGCCAAACCUUCCAUGUGAAUUGGACCGCUUCCUAGUCCAAAGAAGUCACCAGACCUGCCCUCUUAAUUGGGCCUCCGAGAAAUCAAGUAGGUGGCGCACCUGCGUCUGUGAUUGUGGCUGUACUUUCUCCUCCCAACAAUAGGAUGGACAGUCAGUUAUCUUUCUCUGUGAGUGUUCAUAUGCCAAACCCUCAGUGUGAAUUGAAAUUCUUUCUUGUCCAAAGUAGGCAUCGGACCUGCCCUCUUGGGCCCUAGAGAAUUUGAAAUUAGUGGCAUAUUACACUUGUGUCUGUGAUGUUUGCUGUAUUGUUUCCUCCCAGUAAAAGGAAGGACAUUUGGUGACCUUGUUCUCUGAGCCUUAGUAUGCCAAACCUUCCACUUUAGCGUGACCACCUGUUCAAAGUAGGCACUGGACCUGCCCCAUCUUGGGCCCAGAAAUUUAUUUCAAAUCAGUGGCAUAAUACGCUUGUGUCUGUGAUGUUUGCUGUAUUGUUUCCUCCCAGCAAAAGGAAGGACAUUUGAUGACCUUGUUCUCUGAGCCUUAUAAGUAUGCCACACCUUCCAUGUGAAUUGGACCACUUCCUUGUCCAAAGUAGUCACCAGACUUGCCCUCUUGGGCCUCCGAGAACUCAAGUAGGUGGCAUGUUACACCUGUGUCUGUGGUUGAAGCUGUACUUUCUCCUCCCAACAGUAGGAUGGACAGUUCGUUAUUUUUCUCUGUGAGCGUUCAUAUGCCAAACCCUCAGUGUGAAUGGGAAUUCUUUCUUGUCCAAAGUAGACAUCGGACCUGCCCUCUCGGGCCCAGAAAUUUCAAAUCAGUGGCAUCUUUUGGGCCCAAGAGAAUGUGAGACAGUGGUAUACCACCCUCGCAUCUCUGCCAUACCAAUGUGUGUGGAUAGUACCUCAUGUGUCACCUUGGUAAAUCUCAACGCAGCCACUGGUGAGAUUAGAAUGACCAAUCAACUGAACAUCCUCUCUUUUCUUGCAUCUGUGAUGUCCAAUUUAUGGAACUGAAAGUAUCCUUGCUGUUGCAAGAUGUCUUUGAAUGACGACUGAUACUCUGAUUACCUUGGCAAUGUGUUCUUUCUCCUCCCAGUGUAAGGACAAACAGUCAAUCACCUUGUGCUCGGACCUCUCACAUGCUACACCGUCUAAGUGAACGGGGCCACUACCUUGACCAACAGACUCGGCCUUUUGAGUGACUAUGAAGCCGAGUUGGUGGCAAACUGCCCCUGCAUCGGUGGCAUUCCAGUUGUUGUCACAUUUAGUACCUCAGGUGUCAGAGGACAGACGGUCAAACACCUUACUGUCACGUGUUAAUGACCAGAGCUCUCACAUGUCAUACCUUCCAUGUGGACAUGGCCACUUCCUUGUCCUAAGUAGACACCAGACUUGACCUUUUGGGCCACAGAGAACCCGAGAUGGUGGCAUACGAUCCCUGCAUCCGUGGCAUUCCAGUCAUUGUCGCAUAUAAAGGUACCUCUGGUUGAACUGAAAAUAUCCUUAUUGUAAGAUACCUUUGAAUGACGACUGAUUACCUAGGCGAUGUGCUCCUGUGGAAAGAAUGUUUAAUUGGGAAAUUGUUUCUUCCCAGUGGGAGGACAAACAGUCAGUUACCUUCUGUUCGGACCUUUCACAUGCUACACCGUUCAAGUAAAAUGGAGCCACUAUCUUGAGCGAAGUGGGCAACAGACUCGUCCUUUUGAGCGACUGUGAACCCGAGUUGGUGGCAUACUGCCCCUGCAUCGGUGGCAUUCCAGUUGUUGUCACAUAUAGUACCUCAGGUGUCAAGGACAGACUGUCAAAUACCUUACUGUCACAUGCUAAUGACCAGAGCUCUCACAUGCCAUACCUUCCAUAUGGACAUGGCCACUUCCUUGUCCAAAGUAGGCUCCAGACUUGACGUUUUGGGUCACAGAGAACCCGAGAUGGUGGCAUACGAUCCCUGCAUCAGUCUCAUUCCAGUUAUUGUCACAUAUGGUACCUCUGGUGUCAAAGGACAGACAGUCAAACACCUUACUGUCACCUGCUAAUGACCAGAGCUCUCACAUGUCAUACCUUUCAUAUGGACAUGGCCACUUCCUUGUCCAAAGUAGGCUCCAGACUUGGCCUUUUGGGUCACAGAGAACCGGAGAUGGUGGCAUACGAUCCCUGCAUCAGUCUCAUUCCAGUUAUUGUCACAUAUGGAUCUGGUGUCAUCUUGAUAAAUUUCAACUCACAACUGGUGAGUCAAGAACCGCCACCCACCUGACCAUCCAAUCUUUUCUGGCAUAAGAUGUUCCAACUGUCUUAAUGUAUCCUUGCUGUUGUAUGAUGCCUUUGAAUGAUGACUGGGUUCUUUCGAAAAUGCUCACGAUACUGUUUUUGUUUCUCCUCGGAAUGUUGUUUCUCUCAAAUUUCUUUACCUGAUUUUUCUGUAUUAGUUUCCCAUGUUCUUUUUGUCAUUGGGGAGGUCUGUCUUUUGUUGCUUUUCAUGCUGUUUGGUCAGGCAGCGUUUGUUGAGGUAGCGACAGUAUCUUUAACUCCAAGAAUGUCUUGACCUUCAAUGGGGUGUACAAUUUCAGAUGGAGGUGUACUUGUUCAAAUUUGCCUGCAAAAGUCGAACCAUUUGAAUGAGCAAUGGAUUAUGAAAAUAUAAAUUUUUGAUUUGUCCAAACUUGGUGCAUUUUUGACGAGUCUGUUUUUAACUGCAUACAGGAACAUGUUCAUGUUAAUGAAAAGUGAUGUCUGGAAACUGGUGGAAAUAUAUUAAGAGUUUUCAAUAUCUAUUUAAGUUUUUGAGAAUUUUGUUUUUAAGGAUGCAUACUCCAUGCAUUUUUGCACAAAAUGGAACUUUUUUUGUUUAAAAAAACAACAACAACUUUAUUCCAGUUUUGGGCAUCUGCAACCCUCUGAAAACGGGCUUUCGAUCUGUGCACAAAUAACCCGCCCUUCGAGUGCUGAAUUAUGGUCUGGCAGCCAAUUAUUCAAAUUUUGUGAAGCAACAGUUCAAUAAUUAUAUGUCAGUGAUAUUUUUUUUUCACCGUCUCAUUCAAAAGGGAAUAACUUUGUAAUGAUAGGAAAAUAUCAACUGAAAAAAACCCACGUCUUUGAUUUGACAAAUUUCAUUAUAACUUCACAUUGAGUUAAUGUUACAGAAUUUGAAAGUUCAAGUGUCAUUGAGGAUUGUUUCCCUUUUUUAAAAGGGCUCUUGUGUGGUUGAAACUGAAGCAAACUGAAUAAAACUCUGAAUGUUGCUAAGCACACUGCAUUUUUGUUGUUGCUUUGCUGUUGGCAUUUUUAGUGAUUUUUUUCCCCAAAGUACAUGUAGCUGAGUUUGUCUGGUAAUGGCUAAAUGUGUUAUACAUCACUUUCCGUCCAAGAUACAUGUAUUUUAAAGUUUGGAAGGGGG